UUACGCACAUAACCAGCUACACGAUGAUUGUUCCUGGACAUUUCUGUUAUAUUUCUGCUAAUCAUACCAGGAAUAGAGUAGCUGGGAGUUUGAUUCGAGGAGCUGUCUGGCUAUAUGAGGGAAUUUAAGACUACUAGACUUAUCAUAUACUCUGUAGAACAGGGUAGAUAUCUGGAUGUCAACUCUAAGUGCCUUCUGGAUUUGCAGAUCCACAAGUAUCACAAAAUGCCAAGUUUGACUUCUUUUUCAGUUGUCAUUAAUGUACACACAAUCCUGUAUGAGUUACUACUGUAUAGUGCUGUUUGUGGAGGAGAUAUCCUGUUGGAGAGAGAAUCUGAAAAUGUGCCACUUCGAAUCUUCCUGGAUAGUGUAACUCAUGGACUGGUAGGAUUCUUUUCCUGGGCUAUUGUGAUUGAACUUCGACCUCUGACCUCUGGACACUUCAUUGGGGCCCUUAUCCAGUGUAUUGUUUGUAUGGGUCUGUCUAUGGUGGUUGAUGUCGACCAUGUGUUAGCAGCUGGAACACUUAAUCUCCAGGAUCUGAUCUCCUUACCCAACAGGCCACACUUUCAUGCAACGACUAUCAUUAUCCCGAUUGCUGUGAUCCUGUGGACACUGAGUGAUGUGUACAAGGACAGUUACUUUGGUGUACUGUGUCCACUUUUCAUCAUCGCCUGGUUGUCACACCAUAUAAGGGACGCAACAAGACGGGGUCUGUGGUUACCUCCCUUUGGUAGCACUCCUCCAUUGUCACAAGCACUAUACAUCUUAAUGUUAAUGAUACUCCCAAUAUUUAUGAGGAUGUUUUUGCAGAUUACAAAAUCAAAAAUAGUACAGACUUAUGUAGCUACUGAUAAUGUACUUACAUGAUGUCUCCAUGACUGUGACCUGUAGGUAAACCAUAUGAGAGGAAUUUGUCCCAACAGAAUUGUCCUGCAAUAUGGCAAUGCAUAAAUCUAUAGUGCUUUUAACAGGAACCAGGGCGUUGCUGUGUUUACAUUAUUGAUUAAAACUGUUGGUAGAAGCUUUUUUGUUUUUAUAAGUUGAUUGUUUGGAUUUAAUUGUAAUUUUAUUGCUGUAGUGAAAAAUGGAGAAAAUUGACUGGAUAAAUAAUGAUGAUGUUUCGGAUUUCUUUGUCACCAACAACAGCUCCAAAAAUGACAACUUUAAAGGAUUUGAUGUGAUUGAUAUGGAGGUGCUGAAUGGUAAUGUUGCGGCUGAUACAGAUCCUGUAGAUUUCCUGAAACUGAUCAUUGAUGAGCAGUUAUAUGAUAUAUCAAGCUUGUGACCAUCUGUUCACAAUAAAACACACAUGGGAAUAUAUACAUGGGAAAGUAGCUUGAUAAAAUAUCCUUAACCUGUGAAAAUUGAUGAAAUGAAAGCGUUGAUUAUUGCGAUAAGAUUGAUUAAAAAAAUGACUAGUCUGAAUAUUGUUAUGUAGAUGAAUUUUUAGUGGGAUUAUUGUUUUUAUACAGAAAUUUGUCUAAGGAGAGAUUUCAUUUCAUUUUGUUUUAAACUUGAACCUGGACAACAUUAAGAAAUUUGUACCUUGUAGACAGGUGGGAUUUGAUACUUGGUUUAAGACAAGAGCUUCCCCAUACGCUAUAAUGGACACUGGAUAUAGUCGUGUUCGACAACUGAACAUUGUCAAGGCUUCAUAUCCACGGAAACCAAACAUUCAAAAUUAGUAAUACUACUCAGCUCAGAAAUCAAUAUUGACCGGGUUUGUAAAGCUGUGUAGGUAUACUGUGUAAGGUUGACAUAUAUAAUUGUUCAUCCUUAUAUAGGAUAUACUGAAAAUUGUAAGUAUUGACGUCCUAGAAACUGUUGCUACCAUCCAUGUGGUCAUAGAUUUUUUAGCCAGGUGGUUUGUUAGAGUCAUUACGUCUGGCCACAAAUGAUCAUAGUUAUAUGAGGAAUUUCACAAUCAUAAUACAUAUGUCACAAUGAAAUGGGUUGUGAUGAAAGGAUUCUGUGAUAUUAGAACCAGCAGUGAAAGCUUAUGAUGGCAGAGACACAUACAUAUAUAUAAUAUAUUUAUAUUGCCACUUUUCAUUCUGCCACUGGCAGCACUCUGAAAAAACAGACAAGAUCAAUGAGGUAUGCAAUCUAACACGUCUUUUAGACUACAUCAGUCAUACAAAAAAACAGUAAAAUUUUUAGAUAAGAUCAACUUAUACUACACAAGUGUUGUCAACCUCAGGUCAUCCAAUAUCUGGCCAUAUCCAUUCAAAAUCAAGGUUGACAGGAUGUUUUAAAGGGUCCUUAAUGAAAAAGAGACAAUCAAUUUUAUCGUAUCGUUAUCAUAUUUGUAUGUAUGUAUGUAUAUGAUGUUUGUUGCAAUGUUUGAAUAUUAUUAAGACCAAAUUAAAUCCAAAAGUUUAUGUAGAAUUUCUUAAAUACUGAACAAGAUUAGGAUGGUCGGUGAUGCAGUGGUGACACAUCUCUCACUCAGGGUUUUAUUCCCUGACAUGAACCUGAAAAAGUAUGGGAUCACCUGCUCAAACAGGUGGGUUUUCCCAGGGUAGUCCAGUUUCCUUCCUCAAUACAACUCCAUGUCUGCUUUUCAUCCAGGCCAACAAGAGUUAUUGAUAUUACCUUAAAGCCUGUUUCACAUUUGUUGUAAAAUAAAUGAAGUUUAUAUAUUUUUAUAUUAGUAUUACAGAAGUCAAGAAAUAAACAAAUCUGGUGAAUCCAGUAUUUUAUUCUAACUGAGCGGUUCAAUCCUAUGGCAAAUAUUAAGUUGGCCUUGUGAAAUUAGCUUAGUUGUUGACACGGCUUUAUCUAUCUUAAAAAAUUGAAACUUUCACUUGUUUAACAUAUGUAUUACUUACAAUUACCUGUUAUUCACCUGACAGAAGAGCAAUGUUUAUAACUAAUAUUUUUUUACUUUGAAUCACUAAUUCAUAAAGCCCAGAGCAUCCUAAAACCAGUAGUGUUAAUGGGACAAAAAAUUAUAAGAAAUAUGACAGCUUGUUUGAUUGGUAAACACUUCUCAGACAACAUUCCAUCAAAGCCUGCAGCAAUAUUAUCUCCAGUGUUUUUGUUAUGUAUGCAUUCCAUCAUACUCAUAAAUAUUGAAACUUAAUUGUGAAAAUGGUGUCUACCUUGUGUGGUUGAUUUUUAUGUGCCAGAGGGUUUCAUUAUCUACUUUAUCCAGAGCUAGUUAUUCACUUGGGUUGUCUAUCUAUGGUAAUCAUCUAUGCUCCCCGGAAAUUUCAGGGAACAUAAAGUCACUUUUUCUGUCCAUCCAUCUUUUCGUGUCCUGCACACAGUUAAGCAAGAAUCAUGAAACAUUGUGCAUAUGUUGGUCAUAUGAUGGCCAUAUCCAGUGUACCAAAGGAAGGGCCCUCGAUCUCUCCAUUACAGAGUUAUUGCCCUUUGUUAAAAUUUUGUGUCUGCAGCUGUAUCUAUAUAGUUCUUAUGGUACAUCAGGCUAUAAGCCUACCUGUAUUGUGAACUUAAAAUUGUAUGUGGUAUCUGUGUCUUUGCUUGUAUUAUAAUUAAGAUAUUUGAAUUUGUUUUUAACAUUGAUUGUAUUAAGAAGGUGGGCAUUGUACAAAAUUCAGGGCCAACAACCACUUUUUUACAGAGUUAUUGCCCUUUGUUAAAAUUUCAUGUAGAGGAAACAACUUUCAAUUUUUUACACUUAAACUAGGUUAAUGAAAUUUGGUGUAUAUAUAGAUCAUUCUAGGACAAUAUGCAGUGUACCUAAGGUCUUGACUCUUUGUUGAAAUUUCUUGUGUGCAGCAUAACUUUGCAGGCAUUAAAACUGGGUUAAUGAAACUUUUAAUACAUUGAUCAUAUGAAGCAAUGUCAGGGCCCACAACCCUGCUUUUACACAGUUAUUGCCCUUUGUUAGAAUUUUAUGACCAUAGCAUAACUUUACCUUAAUUCUGUGCAACCAGGAUCAUGAAACUUGGUGGAUACAUUGAUCAUACAAAGAGGAUAUAGGACGCACCAAAUUCAGUGUCUGAAUCCCCUUAUCUACUGAAUUAUUGCUCUUUCUUAUCUAAUAAAUUCAUUUUCAUGUCGAUAGUUCAUUUCAUUUCAGAAUGAUUUUAUUUGCAGGGAUCUUAAAGCAAAAGGGAUUGGGCAACAGUCACAGCCUCUGAUAGCCCAUGCCUUAGAUACAUUAUUCAUAGUUGUUAUGGUAUAUCAGGCUAUAAGUCUAUAUUCACGUUGAACUUAAAAUUGUAUGUGGGUUAUUUAUUUUUGCUGACUUUGUGGGUUUUAUAUAUCUACAAAUAAAAAAGUGUUCAAAAAUC